AUGGACUACCACUCCAUCCAUGGCCAAGACAUAUCGAGCUUUGAUAUCCCGGAUACCCAUCGCCUGCCGACAAUUGCUGCCUCGCAAGCCUUGGACGAACUCAAGCAUGAGCCCGCCCUCGCCCUGUCGACCGGGCUAGAGACGCUCGACAAGGCUCUCGGUGCAUCGGCCAGCAUCGUCUCCGCCGGCUCCAGCCAUCGCGGCGGCGUCAAACGCGGCCAGGUCACCGAGCUCUGGGGGCCGCCUGGUACAGGCAAAACCGCCUUGGCGAUUCAGACGACCGCCCAUGCCAUAUGCCAGGGCCAUGACGUCGUCUGGGUAGACUGCUUCCAAAGGGUGGACAAGCAACGCCUUAUCAGCGUCGUCGAGUCUGCAAAAAGGUCUAGGGACCAGCACCUCUCGCAUCCUGGCUCCGCCAUCGAUUGGCGCAAGUUUACGCACUUUUCUUGCUUGACCUUGCCUCAUCUCAUGGCCCUGAUUUCACGGCCAACCCCGAAAUCGAUAGGGCCCGGAGUGUCUCUGGUAGUCGUCAGCUCCGUAUCUUCGCUGCUCAAUUCUGCCUUUCCCAAGUCCCAAGAUGGGAAAACGGCUCCCAAGGCUGGCAAAGGCCUGACUGCGUCUGCCAAACGAGUACAGGGCUUGCAGUUUGUCAUCAACGCGUUACAGAAACUGGCUGCGACGCGAAACUGCGCCGUCAUGAUUCUGUCGCAGUGUGCCACGAGGAUGCAGUCUGAACAAGGCGCCACGCUCGUUGCCGCUGUCAACGCCUUGGUGUGGGAGCAAGGCGUCGCAACCCGGCUGGUGCUGUUCAGAGACUGGGCCUGGCAGGGCAAGCAAUUGGGCAGCGUCUUUAUGGCAGGCCUGCAAAAGCUUGACGGCAAGGCGGCCAAUGACGUCGUGGAACGCAUAGCUGCAUUUAACGUUGAACCCAGUGGUGCGGCGGAGAUCGAUUAUGAUGCCGCCGGCAGUCUUGCGGCCGGACCCGCGGAUCUGGUACUGCGGAAGAGAAAGCUGGGGCAGACAGAGCUGGAGGUUCCAGACAGCGAGGACGAGGCCGAUGACGAGGACUAUGGGUGGGCGGACGAGGACGAGGCGGCCCUGCCUGCCCCACCCCCCCAGUGGCAAGGCAGCGAGGACAUUUUGCUUGGCCAAGAAGUAGGCCGAAGCGACGAGGGUAAUGACGAGGACCCGGACGAGGGCCCCGACCAGGACACAGCCUAG